AUGCCUGGCUAUGCGACGAUCUGCCCGAGAUGCGGCAGUCCCUCAUUCAAGCGGGGCAUCUGCGAGCAUUGUGGCAAGACUGGACUACCAGAUAACUUACCAAGUAGCGAAGAUUGA